GAUAUCUUGAAUCUUAGUUGCCUGUGCAACUGAUUCGGUUACGCUGCAAAACCGACCUUCAUAUAUAUCCAUUAAUUAAUUUAAUGGGAAGAAAAAAAGCAUAAUAAAAAGGGAAACAGGGGCCCAGCCCACAUAAUCAUCAGUCAGAAAACAGUCUCCGGAGCUCAUGCAGCUCAUCCUCAUGGCGAAAGCUGCAAAAAACCCAUGGCGCAUUCCUCUCGUUAACCCAUCACUUUUCACGCAGUUCCUCGCAACUUCUCCUUUCUCGUCCCCGAAUACGAAUGCCAGAAACCGGCCAUCGUCUUCUUCACACCUCACUCUUAUCCUCUUUCUCUCCGUCUUCAUCCUCUGCACAUUCUUCGCGAUUUACGCUUUCACUUUCUACCCGAUUUCUCAGCACUCCGUCCCUUGCUCGGCGUUUUCGCCUUCCUCAUCGUUGGCGUCUCUUUCAUUGAUUUUUAGUGAUUUGCCGAAACAGGAAGGGCCCAGCAGCGCCAUGGUGCCUCUGCCCACGCACGGGGUGCCCGUAAACCCUAAUCUUUCUCUUGUGGAAAGGGAUUUCUGGCGGCAGCCCGAUGACGAGGGUUAUCGGCCGUGCUUGGGUUUUGGGCUCGACUACCGGAAGGUAUCAGGUAAGAUUUCUAAGGAGAAGAGGAAAUUCCUGGUGGUAGUUGUUGACGGCGGGUUGAAUCAGCAGAGGAAUCAGAUUGCUGAUGCGGUUGUUCUGGCAAGGAUUCUGGAGGCGGCUUUGGUGGUGCCGGUUUUAGAGGUUCAUAGUGUUUGGGGAGAUGAGAGUGAGUUUUCAGAUAUAUUCGAUCUGGAACAUUUCAAAAGGACUUUGCAAUCUGACGUUCGAAUCGUGUCUUCCCUUCCUGCUACUCACUUGGUGACACAGCAGUCAAUCGUGAAUCAAAUGCCACCUCAGGUCUCGCCCACGUGGCUUCGUGCAAAGUUCCUUCACCAACUAAAUGAAGAAGGCCUUCUCAUAUUGAAAGGAAUAGAAUAUAGACUCUCCAGGAAUCUUCCCUCCGAUCUUCAGAAGCUCCGCUGCAAGGUAGCAUUUCAUGCUCUGAGAUUCACCUCCCCAAUUCAUGAACUCGGCAGUAAGAUUGCUCGAAGAAUGUGGAUCGAAGGCCCUUACAUAGCCAUACAUCUAAGGAUAGAGAAAGACGUGUGGGUCCAUUCUGGAUGUCUCACUGGCUUAGGACCUGAAUAUGACGAGAUCAUAACCAAAGAUCGGGAAUCUAAGCCUGGCUUUUUAACUGAUAGGGGCUUAGGAGCACCUAGAGAUGCCCGUAUAUAUUUGGCCGGAGGAAAACCAUUCGGCGGCAACCGAGCCCUAAAGCCGCUCGUGCAUGAGUUCCCGAAUAUAUUCACGAAGCAGAGUUUGGCAAGAGAGGGAGAGCUCACUCCAUACAUGAACAAACCUUCUAUUCUUGCUGCCAUUGACUACAUUGUGUCGUUGAGCAGUGAUGUUUUCGUACCUUCUCACGGCGGCAAUAUGGCCCGAGCUAUGAAGGGUCAUCGUGCAUAUGUGGGGCACAGAAAGUACAUAAAGCCGAACAAGAGAAUGAUGGUCCCUUUGCUGGAGAACGUGUCAAUAACGGAAGAAGAAUUUGGGAGGACUAUGAGGAGGCUGCAUAAAUACUCUCUGGGGCAGCCUGAGUUGAGGGGAGAGACGUUGGACAGAGAUGUGUUGGCUUACCCUGUGCCUGAGUGCAUGUGCAAGCAAUGAAAAUUCGAAACAUCAGUCGUGAGUAAAACUAGUGUAGCGUCUCGAGUUGACGAGGGCUUUGAGUUUUUACUGUCCAUAGAUUUGAGACAAUUCUUGUAGAGGAAAGGGGAUGUAUCAACUUUGUAAUGCCAGGAGAACAGUAAAUGAACUAACGAAAUACAGAACACAACCAACUGAGGUUCAUCUCUGGUUUGGCAGUUUGAAGAAUUAAGAAUUUCGAAACCAAUUGAUUGCAUGGAGUUCCAUUUUCAUGUGUCCAUUUUCUUGCUUGGUUGGUUCUAUGUCUACUUGGCGAUUGGAACCAACAACAGCCAAGAGUUCAAGAGUAAUAUAUAUGUAAAAGGUGAGAUUUGGACAAAGAUGACACCAGAGGAAAUAUAUACGGACUCCCAAAAACAUAAUUUUCAUCUUUUAGCUAAAAAAUACACAAUUUUGUAUGUACUAGUUAAUGACACGUGCUGUGCUACAUUUCAUUUUGCCAUUAAAUAUUUUUAGCAAGUAACACUUGGAUAUAAGUUAUUUUGAUUUUCAUUGGAUUUGUUUGUUUAUUUUUUCCAACGAUGAUGAAAG